AAAUUUGUUCGUGCAAGACAGUUUUAUUGUGAAAGGGGUCAAAACGCCUUUUGCAUCUGACUGCCACUAACCAAUCAAAUGGUUCUCUACAAAAUAAGAAACACCCCAUCUCUUUCUAUUUCAUUACAGUGUGUAUUAUUAAAAUGUAUUAACAAUAAGAGAUGGAAUGAUGUUUUAUAACCCCAAUAUUUGGGCUAAAUAAUCACAAAAAUCGUUCCUGAGUUUCAGCAAAGAUCCACCUGUUGCUUUAUCUUACAGACCCAUUCAACAGAAUUACAGCCCAUCGACCAGGGCUUAUGUGGGCAUUGUCUGCUCUGUUUUUAUGCGAUUAGAAAGCAUUAUUCCAAUAUGGAGGAAAGAGGUCGCAAAGCUACUACUGUGCAGACGCGGGCACUCCCACGCCUUCAGUCUCCCUCUGCCGUUCAUUGGUCCAUUUAGCAUCUUCAGCACCACGCAGGCUGAACAGCGACACACAGCCGCGCAGCUCUCAUCAAAUGAGGAUGCCGAGCGGCCCAAUUCACGGUUAAUAUGAUUACCGUUUCUCUGAUAUUUUGUAGCCAUAAUGUCAAUGUUUCAUCAGUCUAUAGCCUAACAUAUGUUGACAGUCGGUUUAUUUGCAGCUCAUUGUCUCCCCCGAUUUGAUCGGGAAAGACCAGCCUGUGUCGUUAACUCUGCAGGAGGAAGCUGUUUUUCCCAAUCACAAAUGCUCGGACUCCAAGGUUUUGCGUGUUUCACCGGGUUUCCCUCCCGUCGAGGCGACAGGCAUGACGGACAGUAACGCCGCCGCUCAGGUUCUAGGCAGCAGCAGCAGCAGCAGCAGCAGCAUCUCACGCACAGUGGCGCGUCAACAAGCCUCGAAGCCCGACCACAGGGUCCCCCUGCCUGCGCCCCGGUGUCCGCCGGUCCCCGGACGCCUGUUGUGACAUGACAGCUCGGGGAAGGAAGAAGAGGAUCAAAGGUUACAUGCAGGGGUCCAAGCAGGAGUGCAGACGGCUCGGAUCCUCGAGGAGAGGGCACACGGAAACAGACAGUGUGCACUGUUUGAGUGGAGAGGAUACAAUCAUACCUGAAUCAAAAAUUCAUGUGACACUUUAUUAAUCCCUGCAGGGUGUUUCUCUUGUGGCUUGCAGCCUCCAGAGAGGUCAGAGCACGGGGUUAGCCACUGAGCAGCGCCCCUGGAGCGGGUCGAUGUGCCCAUGCAUCAGCGAAGCAGGUGCCUGCUGACACAGGGGGCUUGAACCUGGAUCCUGGUCUCACUGGACCCAGCGGCCCCGCCUGUUGUGAUCCCACUGAAGCCUUAUUGUGAUUCUGAUUCGGGCCUACAGCGUGGUAGCACCCACAUUUGCCUUACAGUUUCAUCUGAUGCACGGCCUCAUAGUGUUGACACUGGUCGAGUCCCGGUCAGCAGUGCUGUUCCCCAGGCCUGGCAGGCUCACUUGGCUGCUCCUGACCAUCACCUUCACGUGCACAGCCAUGGGUUGCAUCCAGAGUAUCGCCUGUAACAAGUCUCGCAUUAAACGGGAGAACAUAGUGGUGUACGACCUGUCCGCCACCAUAGACCACUGCCCGACUGUCAUUGAGGAGAACUCGCCCAUAGUGCUUAGGUACAAGACGCCCUAUUUCAAAGCCUCGGCGCGGAUUGUGAUGCCCCCCAUUGCUCGCAAUGAGACAUGGGUGGUGGGCUGGAUCCAGGCGUGCACCCAGAUGGAGUUUUACAACACCUAUGGAGACGUCGGCAUGUCGAGCUGGGAGCUGCCUCAGCUACGAGAAGGCCUGGUGAGGGCCAUCAGCGACUCAGACGGUGUGAGUUACCCCUGGUAUGGAAACACAACAGAGACUGUCACCAUUGUGGGCCCCACCUCUAAGCCAUCCCGCUUCAUCGUUAGCAUGAAUGACAAUUUUUAUCCCAGCGUUACCUGGGCUGUGCCGGUCAGUGAAUCCAACACGCCCUUACUGACUAACAUCAAAAGGGACCAGAGCUUCACCACCUGGCUGGUGGCGCUCAACACCACGUCCAAGGAAAAGAUCUUGCUCCACACCAUCAAGUGGAGGAUGAAGGUCGAUAUCGCAGUGGAUCCGUCCCUGCCUCUGGGCUCCAGGGCCAGGCUGGUGGGCCGGGUGCACCAGGACCAGCCGCGGGUGCUGACCCGCAUGGAGCCCAUCACUGCUAACGCCAUGGGGAGGCCCAACGCCAACGACGCCCAGGUUCUGAUGUGGAGGCCAAGAAGAGGGCCUCCGCUUGUUGUCAUACCACCCAAGUAGAGCGUUGAGAGCAUCUGAUUGGCCAUUAGUUACACCACAUCAUAGUGCGUCACUUCAUUGAAACGGCAUAAAUGAUAAUCAGACUAACCAGACAAACUUAAGAUCUAUAAGCAGGCUGAGACUUGUGCCAAUGGCGCAAAUCAGAGUUGCAGUUUUUUUUGUGUGUAAAGUAACGAGGGGACAACUGCCUUAAUUUCCCCACCGCUGCCUUUGACGAUCAAUAAAGUAUGGUGGUCUCCACUUCUGGUGCUGUUGAGCUGUUGGGCAUCCAGGCCUUCACUGCAGCCCAGCACAACUGAGCAAAGCUAACUUUGAAAUCCGCCGUUAGUACUGGGAUGUAACUCAAGCCUGUAUUGUAGCUACUCAGUCCCAGAAAGAAAUGAUCGAGCCUAAACACAGGCCCUGUUCAAAAAAAGGUUCUUCAGUGCUGUGUAAGCGUGCAACCAAGGAAAGGGGAUAGUGUUUGUGUGCCAUACAACACUGCUGCGGGGUGUAUUCAUUACGGACAGAGAGAACUAUAAUAUUAACUGAAAUGUUACAGGAUGAUGUGCAGCCAUGUAUAUUGUGCGUUUUCUAUAACGGAGACCCAGGGUUGGGUCCAGGCUUGCUGCUUUGUCACACCAGACUGCCUCUUUCACACUCACACUCACGCUCACACAUGGGCCUCAUUCAUGGUUAUGCUACAGGGAGGGGCAUUUUUCAAGAUGAUUUAUAAACAGAAAGAUUGUCCAAGAAACAUGCAUCCUUAGAGCUACUUUGCUUUUUUACAUAUUCACAGAAAACGUAGAAAUCACAGCUUUUGGAUUUCAUGAUAUGCACACAAUUUGUGCAUUGAGAAGAAUCUUACAUGAAGCCCUGCAGCUGGUUUUUUGCUUUUCAAUCACAAAUGGCCAGUUCAUCCAAGCUGCAGAGCUUCUCCCUCCCUGCCUUUUGAAAGCCAGUGAUGCCUGUGUUGACGACAGCCUCCAACAGUAAAGAAACAUUGUCUUUCCCCUGUCCCAUCUAAUCAGGUUUGGGAGGUGAAAAAGCAAGGUGACUUUAUUUUACAAUUAAUUAAAUGAGUCUGCCUUCAGUGGCUGUAAGAGGACAAACAGAGCUAGAACACAUCUUUAAGAGCAAAGAUUGUAGUGAAAGAGAA